GAUCUUAUUUAGAUAUACAUGUUGAUAAAAAUACAACACUGUUCUGAUCUGAUCCAUAAAAAUAAUGUACUUGUAUUAAAACAAAAAGAUCCUGAUCAAGUUCCCUCUCUUAUAGCUUAUACCUCACGUGUCCAAACCGUCAAAGUUAAGAUCGAAAGGUCAAAGCAAUGUCCAGUGACGAUAGCAUUGAGCCUUGGCUGGAGGCGAUUAACUUGCAUGAAUAUGUACCCUCACUAAUCAGUCAAGGCUAUAACACUUUGGACAAAUGUGCUACCAUCCGUGAUAAAACAGCGCUGAAGGAACUGGGUGUGACCAAGGUGGGACACUUGAACAGGUUGUUUCGUGCCAUUGAAAAACUUCGUGGUGAAGAUAGCGGUGCUAUGACUCUGCCACCCAAUGCUACACUUGAAGCUUGGGCUCCAGCAGACAGAAAGUCCAAAAGCCUAACUCUAAUAACCAGCAAGCAACCGCCACCAGUGCCUGCGAGGAAGUCAGUUAGGAGGUCAACCACCUCUACAAAUCACUCACGUUCCCCCACCCCCGAGUCCGAUAUCAAACCACAACAACCCCCUCCUGUUGUACCCCGCACAAAGAGCUUAAAGAGAACUACUGAAACUACUGGGAGUGUACACUCAGAUUCAAAGAGUGAUGAUUGUAAGCAAUGUUCCAAUGUUUCUCCUGCAGUAGAACUCCAAUUGCCAUCUAAUGUCAAUUGUAUUGGAGAGGAACCAAUAACAACAAUCCCUCCCAAACCUGCUCCAAGGAAAACUCAACCUCAACCUAAGCCCCGGACACCCAUUGCCUCUCGCAAAACACCCUCUGAGAAUUUUACCUCGCAAACAUUCUCUCAGGAUAUAUCCAGCUCUACUGAGCUUCCUCGCAUCCCUCCUAAGAAGUCUGUUUCAUCGAAACAGCCAGUGAUACCGCCUUCAGACAUUGUGUUUGAACUAGAGAAUGUGCCAAUGUCUAGCCCUGCCACCUCUGUGUUCGAGAUGAAUACCGAAUCGACACCGAUGAUAGUCUCUAUUCUACCUUUUGUCACACCUUUACCGCCAGAUUGUAAUCCUGUACUCACUGAAUCCUCAUCAACAGAUAACUCUGAACACGCUUAUAUUCCGUCAUUAUCUCCGAAAAACCCUGCUAUUCCGUCUAUACCUGAGACUGUCCCGGUAGUAUCAUUACCACCAAAAAAUCCCGGUCCUCCCUCCUUUACACCACCCCCUCCUAGUGAGUCACCUGUGACCAUAUCACCCCUUCACACUCCAUGUUUUCAACCUGAUUUAGAACCACCUCUACCUGACUUUUCUCCACCCCCUCCACCAGCUAGGGUUUCGUCUCUUCCUACCGGAAAUACUCCCACGCUUGAGAAAGCCGUAUCUACAUUGACAGAUGAACAAGUCAAUGGCUUCCCUCCCCUUCCCCCGAAAGAAUCAAUCACUCCUCCACCCCCUCCACCAAUCACGGAAUAUAAUUUCCCUCUAGAAUCUCCUCAUGAAUGCUAUUCUGACUCUGAGAGUGAGGAUGAAGGCCCUCUGAUGAGUAUACAAUCUUGUCGAGCCACAGGAGAUGAUCAACUCGGGCUGCAAGUAGCUCCCAAAAACUCUGCAAGUAGCAGUUCCGAAGAAGGCAGUCCGUUUCACCAGCCUAUUAGACAACAACUUGGUGGUCUCAAAAGUGGCGCUAAUGCAGUCGAAAGCGACUCUAAGAUGAUGAUUACCUCAUCUGUUAUUGAUGAGCGAGAUGAUUAUAUGAACCAACAAGUUAUUGAUCAAGUAAUGGAGAAUGAUGAAGACCAGGAUGAGGUGAGAGUGGGUCAGCCGUUGACUGUAAAAGGUAGUAGGGGUGCCCUAAAUAAUGAUCUUGAGUUACGGAUUAGCAAUGGUCAUGACUACAUGAACAGUGAUCUCGUGGAUCAAGUGCUGGAUGAAGACAAUGAUGUGGAAGAGCCGCUAGGCAGUGAGAGGCUUGUAAUUCGAUCUACGUUGCUGAGGCAAGUAGACGGUAAAACAGAUAGGGAUUACGAAAAUCAAGAAGUAUUAGAAGGUGAUAUUAUUCCCCUAUUGACUGUCACCACAAACCAACCAGAAUCACUCAACUGGGAAGUAUCGCAGCUGGGAGAUCAAUACCCUCCUGGCGCCCCUACUGCCGGCUUGUCAAUCUAUGACACACUUGAAAACCGUGUGAAUACCGAUGCUCCAGUUGCAUCCCGUGUAAAGAAUAAUGGCAACAACCAGGCAUUGCUCGGUAACAGAGACUCUGUGUCAGGGACUUUUCCGCGAACCAGGAGUGAUGCAGCAUACUUGAGGGAGUACAGUGAUGGAAACUCUUCUAUAUCCACCACUCCGGGUAGUAUUGACUCUCUAGGGAUGGAGCCUAACUUCUCUCAGUCCAGGGGAACCGCAGACUUCUUUGAUGGGGGUCACCUUAUACGGACAGCUGGAACAUUUGCUGGUGGUGAUACGUAUUAUAAGCGACCAGACUACAAAAGAGCAGCAUCGGAUGCUUUGUCGACUUUGCUGGAUACACAGGCUUCCUUUACCGAAUCAAUCUACGCUACAUCUACUCGUCACGGCUCAGAAACCUUCCAUGAUGUACCAAAGACUAAGGAAGGAUACCUCUUCAAGAAAGGAGGUCGACGCAGUGAGAGGCCCUGGCAAAAGAGAUGGAUGACUUUCAAUGGCUCUGAGCUCAAAUAUUUCAAAAACCAGUCUGACAAGGAUAAGUCAUUUUUGAAUAUCGUUCCCCUUCAUGAAAUGAUUGACAUCAAGCGAGUCCAGGAUGAUGAGAAGCAGAACAGAUUUGAUCUAGUGGUCAUUAACAGAGUAUUCCAAUUCUAUACAACAUCAGCUGAUGAGAGCCAAGCAUGGAUUGAUGUGCUACAUGCAGCAAUCUCCAAGUUCAAACCUCAGGAACAUGAGUUCAGAGAGGGAGGCAACAUGCACAACCCUGAGAAGCAGGGUAUCCUGUUGAAGCAAGGUCACGGGGCUCUUAACAAAGGAUUCAAGGAAAGAUACGUUGCCCUCAAAGGAUCUAAGUUUGCCUACUAUGAGACAAAAGAGGACUUCAACCAUGGACGGCCUAUACAUGUGCUGGAGAUGUAUCUAUCAAGUGUGAGACUAGACACUACUUCGAAGCUGCCACGCUUCAUCAUAACCAUGAGUAACAUGAAACACUACGUGUUCCAGGCUGGCAGUGACUUAGAGCGUAAAGAGUGGUUAGAUACAAUGACCACUGCCAUUCUUGAGGGCCUGGACAAACGAUCUCAGACUGUUGCCAGGGGUGGUCACAACACCACGUCGCAGGACAUUCUAGCCCAGGUUCAAGAGAAUCCUUCAAACAGAACAUGUGCUGACUGUGCAGCCACUGACCCAUCUUGGGGAGUUAUCAACAAGGGCAUCAUGGUGUGCAUCAAUUGCUCAGGGGUUCAUCGAUCACUGGGCACACAUGUGUCCAAGGUACGCUCAGUAGAACUGGACCGGCAGAUCUGGAAGGCUAAUUUAAUCAAGCUAAUGGUGGACAUAGGCAACAAUAGCUCAAACAAUUUCUGGGAAAAGCACUUCAAUGGAGAGUGCCUCCCUCACGAUGUCGAAAGAGAUAUUCGUGAGAAUUUCAUCCGUGCCAAGUAUGAGACAAUGUCUUGGAUCCCUCGUCCCACUGGGGAGAGUCAAGAGUCUCUCAACAAGCUUCUCUGUGUCUGUGUCAAGACCAAUAACCUUAUGAGAACAAUUGAGUUACUGGCACAUGGAGCACAGGCAUGUGGCAGAAGUGGAGACUCUGAUAAAAGUCCUCUGGAAGUUGCCAGAGAGCACAACCAGGACACUCAAGUGGAGCUGCUUGAACACAAUGGUGGUCUCAUUUGCAAAUCUGAGAGUUCACCACCACCAGUGAGUAAGAAAGGAAACUUAUUCAAGACUGGCUCUGACAGGUCUGGUUGGAAGAGACGAUAUUGCUCUCUGGAUAAGUUCCGUGGAUUUGAGUACUUCAAAGCUGAAGGGGAUACUGAAGCACUAGGGUAUAUCCACAUAGAAGAGAUGCUCAGUGUGUCACGGUGUGAGGAUGAUGGUGUGCGGGACCCACGCUAUAAGCACUGUUUUGAGGUCAAUACUCAGGGCCGAGGCUACCUCUUUUGUGCAGACACCGAGGAGGAUAUGAGAGAUUGGAUUCAAGUUUUUGAGAAAAUAAUUCCUCCCGAUGCUGCUGACAAUCUUGGUUUUGAUAAGGUGGGCUACCUUAAGAAGAAAGAUCAUAUGGGUGGAUUUAAGAGACGGUGGUUCACUCUCAACGGGAAGAGCCUCUCGUCGUACAAAAGGGAACGGGAAGAGAUUGAUGAGAUUGACCUGCGGAAGGUGACUGAACUCAGGAGUCCAGAUCCCGCUGGCAACUAUGAACAGCAAUGUACCUUUACUAUCUACCUAGCUGACAAGACGUUCCAGCUGCGAGCAGAUAAUCCAUCAGAUGCUGAGAUGUGGGUUUCGGCGCUUAAGCACACACAAGUGUCUGGAAUACCCUUAGCAGAGCAGCAGUUGACUAGCACAGGUAUUCCGAUUCUUGUGCACAAGUGUUUGCAGUUUGUGGAGACGUACGGGUUAGAGACUGAGGGAUUAUACAGGCUGAGCGGAGGCAAGGCUAACAGCCGGAAGCUUGUCCUGGCUUUCAAUCAAGAUGCCAGAGGUGUUGUGAUAGACCCCGAGGUGUUCACGAUCCAUGAUGUCACUGGUACUCUAAAACAGUUUUUUAGGAACCUUCCCGACCCACUCCUUACGCAUAGGCUCUACCAGUCAUUCAUCAAUACAAUGCAGUCGGACCACGAAAGUCAGAUGUACCAACUGCAGAGCCUCAUUGAGCAGCUCCCCCCUGUCAACAGAGAGACACUGAGGAGGGUUGCUGGACACUUAAAAAAGGUGACGGAGUUUGAACUCAAGAAUAAGAUGGGUUUGUCCAACUUGGUACGACUUUUUGCCCCUACUCUAAUGACAGUUGACGGUGAUCCAGUCUCAUUUGAGAGCACUCAGUAUGAGUAUUCCUGUGUUCAUGCUAUGAUUAGCCACUACAAGUGGCUGUUUCAAGUUGAUGAAGAGGAAUCAAAGAAAGAGGAGGCAAUAGAAGCUGCUAUGCGAAAGAUCAAGGAGGCUGAUAAAAUGCAGAGUAAGGCCUCUGCCAUAUCCUCUAGCAUGGAUUUUCUCACUAGAAUCUACAUUUCCAGCAAGGACGGAGACUCUUAUGGCAUUAACAUCACUGGGACAACGCUAGUGUCAGAUGUGGUAGAAAAAGUGACAACAGAGAAGGCCUUGCCUCCUAACAGCUAUGCUCUCUACCUAGUGCUGGGGGAUUCUGAAUCUCAUAGAGUGUUGAGCUUUACUGAGAGGCUGCUGGCUGUACUGUGUUCGACUGGCUCUGACUGCUUCCUCUGUCUCAAGCCCAAUGCAUUUGGCGAGACUCUCAAGCAAUAUAUUGACUAUGUGAAGGAGUCAGAGACUGUUAUCCUGCAAGUCAGGGAGAAGAAAAGAUGGAAAAAGUAUCCAUGCACUGUACGAAAUGACAGCUUUGUUCAAUUCAAAGAUUCCAAGGGCCACCAUGAGUAUUUCAAGCUUGGAGUGCAUGACUUUGAUGUGUUUGCUGGCAUUGAAGGCUCUAAGAUUGACGUCAAGAACCCUCUUCCAACAAGGUAUUGUUUCUGGAUGAAAGCAAUGAGAGGAGAGGAUAAAUGUCGCUACUUAUGUGCAGACAAAGAAGAAGACAUGCUCAAAAUCUUUGCCUGGAUUGUCAAAGCUAAAUACCCUGACCAGUUGCAGACUCCGAUACUGCCUACCAGACCGCCUCCACCCACCCAACCUCCGGUGCUAGACGUAACUAUGGAAUGCUCUCCAAUGAUGAACAGAAGGGAAGAAUUUAAGGACUAUGCUAAUGUAAAGGUCUAUGGUCAGAAGAAACAAUCGUGAUGCUGAUUUUGUUCUGUUUUUACAUUAGUGUUGUGUCUGUACAGUGGAAAUGUUUUCUUUACUUGUUUGUUUUUGCAGUUGAAUUAUUAAUCAAUACGAGUGAAUAAUUGACAUAAUAAUGAGA